CGCGGUAUCUUGCGCGGGGUUUCCUCUAACAGCCACGCCAUCGAAAGGACUGGAUUUCGCCUAGUUCAGGUUUGGAAUGCAGUGUAAACUUUGCAAAUUUGCACACAGUAGCAGAGAGGUCCUCCUAAAACACUACAGGUUUCACCACUAUCAAGGGCGAUCCUGGCAGCAGCCUUGCCUGUAUACUGACUGUAUCUGCACUUUCAAUACUAUAGGUGCAUUAAAAUCCCAUUUGACAAGAGAACACAAACAGACCGGUGCAGUGACAGAGCACUUCAAUUUUACAUGCCAGUUAUGUGAUUUUAAAGAUGUUUGUCAGCCAUCUCAGUUUUUAAACCACAUAAGAAACCAUUUAAAGAGAAAGGACACAGUCAAAUGUCCUUAUAGAGGUUGUGAGUUGACAACCAAUGUCAGGAAUUAAAGAAGAAACGUCUCAACAUGGCAUUUGUUGACUCAAAAAUGGAAUUGAUAUUCUCAUUGAGAAGACAGGAGAUAGUUGAAGAAGAACCUCUUGUAGCUGAUAUCCUAAAACAAUGGCCAGCAUUGUUUUUGGAAGAUCAAAUAUGUGCUGAGUUUUACAGAAUCACACAAAUAAACCUGAAGAGUGCAUUUUUCUCUCCUCUGGAUGAAUAUGCACCACGGUUGAUCAAGUUGUAUAGGGUACGCGGUGGAGCACAUGAAAAUGAUUUGAAGACCCUCCUGGACCAACUUCAUCAUCAGACCUCCGAUGUUCUUGCUCACAGAAAGGCUACAGCUCCCAAAGGUCUACCUUUGUUUAUGAGGGAAAAGCCUGAACAUUUCGUGAAGACUUGCCUGGACACAGAGCCAGAAGAAAACCAUACAAAAGGGAUGAAGAUGGGGAUCUUAACCAUCAUUAAAGAUGACGUUGCGACCAUCCACUCAAACCCAAAUCUAAGGUUCCUGUCUCUGGUUCUAGAGGACCAUAUCGUGCUGGAUAAUGUGCAAGACCUUCCCACUGCUAUGGCUCUUCUCUUUGGCUUGAUUUAUGCCUUGAACAUGAACUAUCCUAAAGAACUUAAAUACACCUUUGAAGUGAUUCAAAAGGUGUUUAUUGGUCUUGACCCCCAGUGCUCAGCAAGAGUCCAGUCCUUCAAAAACAAACUUUUAAUGUCUAAAUAGCUGGGUACUUUAAGCGUACGGCAAGAACCAUGCUCUUCUUGUUGUUCCAGCCGAUGUUUAAAAGUUAAACAAAUCGGUCAAAAAUCUUUUCAUAUAAUGAACCUUAAAUAUUCAUACAGUUGUAUAACUGGAUUGCUCAAACACAUUUGUUCAAAUGUUUUGAAUUCUAGAUCUUGUUCAUAUUACGAAGCCUUUUAAGACUGUCCCUCGUGCACCUUGUUACUCUAGCACUUUAAAAUAAGUUGUGAUUUAAUAGCACGGAUAAGAAUACAGAGAAGGGCAAGCACUUAAUUUUUCCUAAGUUAAAACAUAUGUCGAAAAGGGAAAUAUUUUCAGUUUUCUGUUAUGUAUUUUAAAUACUCAUUUUACAGUUGUGGAACUGGAUUACUCAAACAUAUUGCAAUUUGUAGAAUUCUGAAGUCUUCAUUGAUACAGCACUUUAAAACUGUUGCUCUUGCAAUUUGUUACUCCAGCACUUAAAAAAGAUGUUGUGCUGUAAUGUCACUUUAAAAGCAUGCCACUUAAGGGUCCUCCGUGUGACCACUCGUUAAUAAAAAAUUUCUGUAAUGAUGGGAUAGUCUUUUGUAUUACUUCUUCAGCAUGGUUUACACAAUUUACAGCAUGGCUUAUAAAUUUGAAUGCAAGAUCAUUCAAAGAUAAAUUAAAAGAUAAACAAUAAGGCAACCAGCUGCAAAGCUAUUUUGAGUUGACUGAACUUCAUUCCCAUGCAGUUGUUGCUACUCGUUUUUUAAAAUUCA